CUGUGGGAGGAGCCGGCGGUCUCACCGUGGUAACCGCAGCGCCGCCGCCGCCGCCCGGCCUUGCAGGCCUCGGGACUGUCAUCGCCUUUGGGUGUGGGGAUACUUUGGCCACCGUCCCCGGAAAUUGCUCCGCCGGCUUUCUCAGAUAUCCCCAUCCUCCCCACGCUGCCGUCGCCGCCGCCAUGCAAGGGGAGGACGCCAGAUACCUCAAAAGGAAAGUUAAAGGAGGAAAUAUUGAUGUACAUCCAUCAGAAAAAGCACUCAUUGUUCAGUAUGAAGUGGAAGCUACUAUUCUUGGAGAAAUGGGUGAUCCCAUGUUGGGAGAACGAAAGGAAUGUCAAAAGAUCAUUCGUCUUAAGAGUCUCAAUGCCAACACAGAUAUAUCUUCCCUGGCACGGAAGGUGGUUGAAGAAUGUAAACUUAUUCAUCCCUCAAAAUUAAAUGAGGUAGAACAGCUGUUGUACUAUCUACAGAACCGCCGGGAUUCAUUGUCAGGAAAAGAAAAAAAAGAAAAAUCAAGCAAGCCUAAAGAUCCACCUCCUUUUGAAGGAAUGGAGAUUGAUGAAGUUGCUAACAUUAAUGACAUGGAUGAAUACAUUGAGUUACUAUAUGAAGAUAUUCCUGACAAAGUUCGGGGUUCUGCUUUGAUCCUGCAGCUUGCUCGAAAUCCUGAUAACUUGGAAGAACUGCUAUUGAAUGAAACUGCCCUUGGUGCAUUAGCAAGAGUCCUAAGAGAAGACUGGAAACAAAGUGUUGAGUUGGCUACAAACAUAAUUUACAUCUUUUUUUGCUUUUCUAGCUUUUCUCAGUUUCAUGGACUUAUCACUCACUAUAAAAUUGGAGCUCUAUGUAUGAAUAUCAUUGAUCAUGAGUUAAAAAGACAUGAACUGUGGCAAGAAGAACUCUCUAAGAAGAAGAAAGCUGUUGAUGAAGACCCUGAAAACCAAAGCUUGAGAAAAGAUUAUGAAAAAACCUUUAAAAAAUACCAGGGACUUGUGGUAAAACAGGAACAGCUCUUACGAGUUGCUCUUUAUUUGCUUCUGAAUCUUGCUGAAGAUACACGUACAGAACUGAAGAUGAGGAACAAGAACAUAGUUCACAUGCUGGUGAAGGCUCUUGAUCGGGACAAUUUUGAGCUACUUAUCCUAGUUGUGUCAUUCUUGAAGAAACUCAGCAUCUUUAUGGAGAAUAAAAAUGAUAUGGUGGAAAUGGACAUCGUUGAGAAACUGGUAAAAAUGAUACCUUGUGAACAUGAGGAUCUGCUGAAUAUCACCCUCCGGCUUUUACUAAACUUAUCCUUUGACACAGGACUGAGGAAUAAGAUGGUACAAGUUGGACUGCUCCCCAAGCUCACUGCACUCCUAGGUAAUGAAAACUACAAACAAAUAGCAAUGUGUGUUCUUUACCACAUAAGCAUGGAUGACCGCUUUAAAUCAAUGUUUGCAUACACUGACUGUAUACCCCAGUUAAUGAAGAUGCUAUUUGAGUGUUCAGAUGAACGAAUUGACUUGGAACUCAUUUCUUUCUGCAUUAAUCUUGCUGCUAACAAAAGGAAUGUACAGCUUAUCUGUGAAGGAAAUGGUCUGAAAAUGCUCAUGAAAAGAGCUCUGAAGUUCAAGGAUCCAUUGCUGAUGAAAAUGAUUAGGAACAUUUCCCAGCAUGAUGGACCAACUAAAAAUUUAUUUAUUGAUUAUGUUGGAGACCUUGCAGCCCAGAUCUCUAAUGAUGAGGAAGAGGAAUUUGUGAUUGAAUGUUUGGGAACCCUUGCAAAUUUGACCAUUCCAGACUUAGACUGGGAAUUGGUUCUUAAGGAGUACAAGUUAGUUCCAUACCUCAAGGAUAAACUAAAACCAGGUGCUGCAGAAGAUGACCUUGUUUUAGAAGUGGUUAUAAUGAUUGGAACAGUAUCUAUGGAUGACUCUUGUGCUGCAUUGCUAGCCAAAUCUGGAAUAAUCCCUGCACUUAUUGAAUUGCUAAAUGCUCAACAAGAAGAUGAUGAAUUUGUGUGUCAGAUAAUUUAUGUCUUCUACCAGAUGGUUUUCCACCAAGCCACAAGAGAUGUCAUAAUCAAGGAAACACAAGCCCCAGCAUAUCUCAUAGAUCUGAUGCAUGAUAAAAAUAAUGAAAUCCGAAAAGUCUGUGAUAAUACAUUAGAUAUUAUAGCGGAAUAUGAUGAAGAAUGGGCUAAGAAAAUUCAGAGUGAAAAAUUUCGCUGGCAUAACUCUCAGUGGCUAGAGAUGGUAGAGAGCCGUCAGAUGGAUGAGAGCGAGCAGUUCUUGUAUGGUGAUGACCGAAUUGAGCCAUACAUCCAUGAAGGAGAUAUUCUUGAAAGACCUGACCUUUUCUAUAACUCAGAUGGAUUAAUUGCCUCUGAAGGAGCUAUAAGUCCAGAUUUCUUCAAUGAUUAUCACCUUCAAAAUGGAGAUAUAGUUGGGCAGCAUUCAUUUCCUGGCAGCACUUUUCAUCCAAGGAUUUCAAAGUGCUUUACAAAUAUGCACUAAUUAAGGCUCACAAACAGCUAGAGCCUCGGAAUGGAUGGCUUUGGCCAAUCAGUUGGCAUUCUUGGACGUCCUGCCACAGCUUAUGGAUUCCGCCCUGAUGAACCUUACUACUAUGGCUAUGGAUCUCGAUAAAGUCAUCCUUUUCCUUGUGUACUCUCAGCUUAGAAGAAAUCUGUAUGGGUUGGGUUAACUUUGAAUCUUGGCUAAUAAUGCAUGUUGAUAUUAUUGCGGGUCUGUGGGGUUUUUUUUUUUUAUUUUUUUUCCAUGUUGUUAACUACAAAUUAACUCUGAUACCUUUGUCCUCUGUUAGGUACAGUUGAUGUUUGACACUGUUCACUCAUGAAACUACAUAUUAAUGCUGAAUAACAUUUCCCAUGUUAUAAAGAGAGAUGCAGAAUUAAAUACUGAAAGGCAAUCAGACUGGAAAACAAACACUACAUUAUGUACAUUAAGUGACUAAUUUAAUUUCUAUUAAAAAGAAGGAUAAAGUACAAAUGAA